CUCUCGCCUGGGUCUUCUGGGCGGACACAACAAGCCUCCCCCCAUUGGUGCUGCACCUGACCAGGAUGAAGCAGGAAGUGCUUCUCCCCGCCAUGUUGGUCACCAUUGCGUUGCUCGUUCCCCCGUCAUCCUUGACCGCCCAGCACCAGCCAGAUGAUGCAAACCUCCUGCAUGUGACCGUCACGUCCGGCCUGAGCACUUCAGGCGAGCUGGGCGCUUCGCUGACGUUGCCCUGCCUGGUCUCCCUGGCCCGUCCGCUGCCAUCCCCCACCACCAACAGCCGGCACGCCGCCCUCUCUCUUCCCCGCAUCAGGUGGAGCCUGAUAGACAAGGAGGAAACGCAGAUCCUGGUGGCCCGCGGCGACACCGUGCAGGUGAGCGAGGCCUACCGGGGCCGAGCCUCGCUGCCGCAUUACGCCGUUUCCCCCGCAGACCUGACUCUCCGACUGGAGGGGCUGAGUUACAGUGACGCCGGCAAGUACCGGUGCCACGUGCAGCAAGGACCUGACCACGACUAUGAUGUCAUCCAAGUACAAGUCAAUGGUUUGGUCUUCCAUCUCGGUGAAUCGUCGAGAAGUCCCCACGACUUCACCUUUGAGCGGGCCUACGAGGCCUGUAUCAAGAACGGGGCCCAAAUGGCCACGCCGGAGCAGCUGGUGGCGGCCUAUCACAGCGGGUACGAGCACUGCCAUGCAGGCUGGCUCUCGGACCGCUCGGUCAGAUAUGUAGUUCAGAAGCCGAGAGAGGACUGCUUGGGCCUCAUGGAAGGACAUCCAGGAGUCAGGAACUUUGGAACACUGGAGCCUCAGUACUUCGUUGAUGUCUACUGCUAUGUGGGCCACAUUGCAGGUGAGGUGUUCCAUGGCUCGGAUUCGGCCCCCCACGGUUUUACCUUCGAGGAGGCCAAGGCGUACUGCCGGAGUGAGGGUGCGGAGCUAGCCAGCCCCGGCCAGCUGUACGCACUCCAGAACCACCAUUGCGGGUCAGGGUGGCUGAAGGACGGCAGCGUGCGCCGCCCCAUGGCCUUCCCCCGGGGGCGCUGCGGGGAGGUGCGAGGCAACCAGACGGACUUCCCCGAGGCUAGUAGCCGCCAUGACGUCUUCUGCUUUAGAGGUGACUUCUCCACCCCCACGCCGCCAUUUCCUCUCACCACGGAGUCGGAGCACCUCAGCCAUCUUCUCUCCAAGGAGGAAACAGCCGCUAGUAGUGAGGUGGUGCAGACAGUCCAUCCUGUCACACAAAACCCUCUGAAGACUGAGUCCCGGACUUCAUAUGAGCCUCAUCCUGAGUCUGAGAGUCAUCCAGCAUCUCCUGUCAGCCUGGAGAUCUCCACAGAGACAACAGCUAGACCAGUGGAGCUCACCAGCCCCUAUGAGGAACACUGGAACACUUCUGGAACUGAGGCUGGUACUGGAAAUGUGGAUUUGAUGUCAUCUCCCACGGAAGAAGCAGGUUCCUCCACCACCGUGUCACCCGCUUUGAACAGCAACAACACACUUGAAGACCAUCCAGAGUCUGGAGAGGCGAUCGUAACAACUGACUCCUUGGUUACUACAGAAACCAAUGCAAUCACCUCAUCAGAACCACCUCUGGAUUCAAGUGAGGAGCCCUCUGGUGUGGUGUCCAUCACGCCGGCGACACCCGAGAUCCUGACGGUUGACGUAGACCGAACGCCCUCCCCUGGGACGCCUUCUGGGAUCCCGUCCAGUUCCUCCCCAGAGGUGAUUACCCUAAUCCCAGACAGAACAGAAAUGGCGGGACAUCUGGAAGCAGUCCCCAAUACCGCCAAUACUGCCAAAGUGUCUGGAGAAAGUCUAGAAGUAAAUCCAGAAACGGUAUCAAACCAGACCGACUCACUGGACUACCAUACCAAUUCUGGAACACCUCCUCCAUCGGGGACUACUUCCUCCACACAGCAGGUGCCUGGAUUCCACAUGGAGUCCAGCACUCCACUUCCUGUUGAGUGGGAUGAAGCCACCACCACCACCAGUGGACCAGAAGGAGGACACGACGAGACCAACACUGAUGUGGUCUCAGUUCAAAGAUGUUCCAGGUGUCACUUUGAAGACCAAACCAUGAAGAGCGUAACCCACCCAACUGUGGAACUGGAAGAACCCACAGCCAUGGCUGCAAGACAGGAAGUCAUCCUAGACCUGUGCGGGGUUGAACCGUGUUUGAAUGGCGGCACAUGCGUGGAUGGUGAGAUACCCAAGUGUCUCUGCCUCCCCGGGUACGGCGGGGCCUUCUGCCAGUCAGAUGUUGAGGUGUGCGAAGCCGGCUGGGAGAAGUUCCAAAGCUUCUGUUACCAUCAUGUGACCACGCGGCAGAGUUGGGAGGGAGCAGAGCAACACUGCCGGACGAUCGGCGGACAUCUCAUGUCCAUCAUGACCCCUGAGGAGCAAGACCACAUCAACGAAAAAUACCGCGAAUAUCAGUGGAUUGGACUGAACGACAAAACCAUCGAGGGAGACUUCCGCUGGUCCGACGGAAACCUUCUGAUCUACGAGAACUGGCACCGAGGGCAACCCGACAGCUACUUCCUGUCCGGCGAGGAUUGCGCCGCCAUGGUUUGGCACGACGGCGGGCGCUGGAGCGAUGUGCCCUGCAACUACCAUCUGUCCUUCACCUGCAAGAAGGACCUCUCGUCCUGCGGGAAGCCUCCGGCGGUUCCCAACGCCAAGCCGUUCGGUAAGACGCGGGCACACUACGGGACCCUCGCCAAGGUGCGCUACCGCUGCGACGCGGGCUUCGUGCAGAAACUGAACCCGAUCGUCAGCUGCCUGCCGGGCGGCCGCUGGGAGGAGCCCGUCAUCAUGUGCCUGCCAGCUGGUUCUCAUGAGGCUGAGCAGCUCAGUUCAACCGCUGACUUACAUCACGACGAGGAGGCGGAAGCGGUCACGGUGGUUCACACACAAAGCAGCCCUUCGCUCCCUGCACAUUAAGUCCAAGUUGACCAUCCAGCCACCAUUUUCCACACUGGAACUAACCUUAGUUUUUUCCAAAUAAAAAAACGCUGUAAUUCAAAAGCACCUCAGUCAUGUCAACAAGCAAUUUUAGCAUCGCUGUCGCAUAUGAAUGAUGUUUGUUUGUGGUUUUUUUUGGUCACAAAAAGGGUUCUAUUUUAUUAAAGCAAACAUGGUGGGGCA